AUGGAAAAACAUAGUGGUCUUUCCUCGUUUGCUGCUACAGAAUCUACGACCAAUAUUCUCCAUAUCCUUAGGGUUCUGUUUUCGAAGCCAGCAUCGCAUGUAUCAUCAAACAUUGCAUGCAGCACCCAUGCCCAGGUGCCUGUUUCCAAAGGAAUAUGUGCAUCAGCUACCGAUCCGGCAGAACAGCAAAACACUUUCUUUCACACCAACACACAAACCUACAAGGAGGAACCGACCAAGAAUGGAUGGAGUCUCCUAUCAUGCGCAUCCUCGGUGGGCUCCCCUUCAUUCCACGGAAGUGAUUUACUAGGAGGGUUCAGUCGUGUGUCAGCCGUGUCGUCCAGCGUCGCAAUAUGCAGUUCAAAACAUGGAUUCUUCGAAGGAACUUGCAUCCUCAAAUAA